UUUGAUUGAAUGCCGCAGGAGGACUCUGUUUGAGCAUGCGCAGUACCCUGUCAGCAUGGAGUUGAGGAAGUUUUGUGCCAGAGGCACCUGAGCGUAAAUUGUCUCUUAUUCAAACCACUACGGGAACGUUUCUACACACGUGUUGACCGUGGAAGUUGAAAGUGAAAACAGCGAUGAUCUCAUCUACUGAUCUGGAGCAGCUGGCUGAAAUAGAGCUGCAGAAGGAGGAAGAUGAGGAACAGGGUCGUCAUGGGUACCGUCCGGAUCGCCCUCCAGCCCCACGUAGAGUCAGCUUCAGCCAGGACACCUCUCACCCCUACUACGAUGUGGCUCGACACGGGAUCCUACAGGUCACAGGUGAUGAUAACUAUGGCAGGAAGCUAGUGAUCUUCAGUAGCUGCCUGAUGCCCCCCUCCCAUCAGCUCAACCACCACCACCUACUGCAGUAUCUGAUGUAUACCCUGGACCAGUAUGUAGAGAGUGACUAUACGGUAGUGUAUUUCCACCAUGGUCUCCGCAGCUGCAACAAGCCCUCGCUACACUGGCUACGAAACGCCUACAGAGAAUGUCUGUCUGUCUGGUCUGUCUGUCUGUCUGUGUCUGUCUGUCUGUCUGUCUGUCUGUCUGUCUGUCUGUCUGUCUGUCUGUCUCCUGAUAGGUACAAGAAGAACCUGAAAGCCCUCUAUGUCGUCCAUCCUACUAACUUUAUCAGAAUCAUCUGGAAUAUAUUCCAACCACUCAUCAGUCACAAGUUUGGUAAGAAGUUGACCUAUGUAAACUACCUGUCUGAGCUCAGAGAUCACCUGAGCUGGGAUCAGCUCAUCAUCCCACCUGAUGUCCUCAGGCAUGACGAGAGGCUGCAGGCGGCCCAGAAGGGAGGUCCCUCAUCUAAGACUCCUCCCCCUAGACCUCCUCUGCCCACUCAGCAGUUUGGAGUCAGCCUGCAAUAUAUUGCUGAGAAGAACCAGGGAGUUAUGAUCCCUCCUGUGAUGUCCCAGACUGUGUCUUAUCUCAAAGACAAAGGCCUCCAGACAGAAGGCAUCUUCAGGAGGUCCGCUCGUGUUCAGCUCAUCAAGGACGUCCAGAAGCUCUACAACCAGGGGAAGCCAGUGGUGUUUGAGCAGUACGGAGACAUCCACGUGCCUGCUGUCAUCCUGAAGACCUUCCUCAGAGAGCUUCCUGAACCUCUGCUCACCUUCCCCCUCUACCACCAGAUACAGGACAUAGUCCGAGUGGAGAGCAGUCUACGAGUGACCACCUGUAAACACAUCCUAGAGAGACUACCAGAACACAACUACAUGGUGUUGAAGUACCUGCUCUGCUUCCUGAACAUGGUCUCUCAGCAGAGUAUCAUCAACAAGAUGUCUCCCUCCAACCUGGCUUGUGUGUUUGGUGUCAAUCUGUCCUGGCCUUCUCAGGGCUCUGUCUCUCUGACAUCUCUAACACCACUCAACAUCUUCACUGAGAUCCUUAUAGAACAUUACCAUACAGUCUUCAGCUCCCGCUGCCCACGAGCAGAGGUACUGCCCUGAUACCACCUGAUACCAGCCCUGAUACCACCUGAUACCAGCCCUGAUACCACCUGAUACCAGCCCCGAUACCACCUGAUACCAGCCCUGAUACCACCUGAUACCAGCCCCGAUACCACCUGAUACCAGCCCUGAUACCACCUGAUACCAGCCCCGAUACCACCUGAUACCAGCCCCGAUACCACCUGAUACCAGUCCCGAUACCACCUGAUACCAGCCCUGAUACCACCUGAUACCAGCCCCGAUACCACCUGAUACCAGCCCGGAUACCACCUGAUACCAGCCCCGAUACCACCUGAUACCAGCCCCCGGUACCAGCCCACCACCGUACGGACAGGCUCCACUGCACAGCCCAACACCCAGCUACUCAACCCAACAAAACAGACACGCUGUGAUUGUCUACUGGGACGACCUGUUUAUGAAGAACGUCCCCAACCACCCGUUGCUGCUGAAACAAGAUGGCUCCCAGAAUCUGUUCCUUUUCUUUCUCCUGUGACAUAAUCCAAUUUGUUUUGGUACACAGCUUACUGACUUUAUUGUCCCCAUGGGGAAAUGUUGUUGCAGUGUCAUGUACACAUUUAAAGUGGCGUUUAGAUACAAAACCAAAUUGACAAUACAACUUUCAUAACAGUUACAUACCAAUAAAACAUGUAAUAAUUAUAAGAAAUAAAGAAAUAAAA